GGCGCAAGUGCCUGCCUCAUAUGCGGGAAGGUCCUGAGUUCAGUUCCUGGUACCAAAAAAAAAAAAAAUUCAAGGGCAUGGCUCUCACGAGGAUCUCGUGUUGGAUGGCAUCACAAUGACAGCAUCCAGAAAGAGAGAAAUACAAGGGGGAAGAUUACAUGACCACAGGGUCGGACAGGAAGUCAGAGGAAAGGGAGGGGCCCGUCUUGCUUUUGGUUUUACUGACUCCAGGCCGGCCAACUACACAGUGAGACCCUGUUUCAAAAAAAAAAAAGGUCUUACUAUGGUCCAGACUGGCUUUGAAUUCACUAUGUAGUCCAGAGUGGCCUCAAGCUUGGGGCAAUCCUCCUGCCUCAGCCUCCCAAGUGCUGGGAUAAAAAGCAUGGGCCAUCAUGCCCAGAGGACCAUUCUACUGUUUUUUAAGAACCAGAAAGGCUUUUAGAUGAUCUAUUAAGUCUCAAUACCCAACAAUAUUUGAAAACUGUAGCGGUAAACACACAUGGGAAGUGCUUUAUUCUAUAUACCCACCGCAGAGGUCACGAAGGAUCGGAUACAGCGUCCCAGGAAAGGGAAGCUGUGCAAGCGCAUGGGGGUGGGGGGUGCAGGCUGUGCGCAAAGGAAUUCACGGACUUCAAAGUCCCUGUUGCUCAGAACUGCGUUGGGGGGAGGCUCCCUUUCUCUGCUCUUCUUCAGGUUUCUCUGUACACUCCGUCACUAGAGUAUUAGCUCUGGAGUCCCGCCACUUCCUCGCUGGGGACUCACAUCUUGGAGGCUGCUGGCAUGUGGCGGUGGUGGAGGUCGUCACCCCUCCCUGCCCCCCGAGACCAGCCCCUGCAAAGGGGCGGCAAGCUGUGUGUGGCUGCGGUCCUCGGAACCCAGUGAGGUCACAAGGGCUGGCUGCACACAGGAACAUUCUGCAUGUCCAGCCUGGAGACUGCUUAUGACACGGCUGAUAAAAGGAAGCUGCCGCCGGUGCCAGAGAGCGGUGCCCGUGCGCGGUGGGUAGGGGAGCAGCCUGGGGCGGAUAUACCCCAGCUCCUGCAGGCAUGAGCCGGGCAGCACGCUGGGUGGGAGACGGGCAUGGAAGGCUCCCGCCUCCCGUCCAAGCCUUCCCUGCCCACCCCAUGACCAGGCGGGAAUCGUCGUGCCCCCAGCGUGUCGCCCCCUGCCCUCCACACCCGGGACCGCGGUUAGGGUGACAAUCUGUCACCCGCAAGCGGGGUGUCCCCUGAGGCGGCGAGGCAGGAGGCAGAGGCGUUAUGGACACCACGUUCGUGGACAGGACCCGGAGCCCAUCCGAAGGCAGCGUUCCGCAGUCGGAAAACCAGAGCUACUGGACCGCGGAGCGCGACGGCGAGGUGCGGCUGCGGCUGCGGCUGGCCGAGGACUCGAGCGCCGCGCAGGCGCCGCUCACCGUGCACGACAUGGUCCUGCACGCGGCCACCAAGUUCGCCAGCUACAUCGCGCUCGGCACCAAGCGCAGGAACCACUGGCACCUGGUCUCCUACGUCCAGUACUACGAGCUGUGUCGCCGCGCCGCCAAGGCCUUCCUCAAGCUGGGCCUGGAGCGCUUUCACACCGUGGGCAUCCUGGGGCUCAACUCGGAGGAGUGGGUGAUCGCCAGCAUCGGGGCCAUCAUGGCAGGAGGCAUCUCUGUCGGCAUCUCGCCCACCACCUCCCCAAAAGCCUGCCAGGUCAUCGCCAAGCACUCUGAGAUAAAUGUGUUGGUGGUGGACAGCAAUAAACAGCUGGAGAAAGUCAGCCAGAUCCAGAGCUCCCUGAAGCACCUCAAGGCGAUCGUGCAGUACGAGGACGACAUCCAGACCGCACAGCCCAAUCUGUACUCGUGGCAAAGGUUCCUGGACCUUGGCGGCGACAUCUCUGAUGAGACGCUGGACCACAUCAUCGACUCCCAGAAGCCAAACCAGUGCUGCACCUUCGUGUACAGCCUGAUGGGCACAAGCUCGCCCAAAGUCAUCAUGCUCAGCCAUGACAACAUCACCUGGACCACGGCGGCCACCGUGCAGAGCCUGGGUUACAAGUGUCCACCCUUCGGGCAGGAGGUGCUGGUGAGCUACCUGCCGCUCAGCUACGUGUGCGCCCAGAUCUUAGACAUGUGGGUGGCCAUCGCCGUGGGCGGCGCCCUCUACUUCUCCCCACAGGACGCUGAGAGGGGCAGCGAGGGCCUGCACCCGCCUGGUGCUAGUCCCGGACGUGCGGCCCUGGAGUGGACAGUGUCCGGCCUGCAGGGCUACCUGACGGAGCUGCUGCGGGAGGUGCGGCCCACCACCUUCCCGGGCACCCCGUGGCUGUGGGACCAGAUGAUGGACGGCCUCAGGACCAGCCAGCUGGCGUCCACGGCGCUGCGCAGGCGCGUCGACUCGUGGGCCAUGGACGUGGGGCUGAGCACCAACACGAAGCGCAUGUUCGGGGACCUGCAUUCCUCCAUGAGCUUCCGCCUGGCCAAGAAGCUCACCUUCACCCGGGCGCGCAAGCUGCUGGGCCUGAGCCACUGCGAGCAGUUCUUCAACGUGGGCACGGGGCUGUCCAGGCCCACCCUGGACUUCUUCCUCAGCCUCGACAUCCCCAUCUACGAGCUCUACGGCCUGUCGGAGUGCACAGGCCUCCACGCGCUCUCCACGCGCCGGGACUUCCGGCUGCUGAGCUGUGGGAAGGGGCUCUCCGGCACCCGCACCAAGGUGAAGGAGGAGGACGAGGAGGGCACGGGGCCCAUCAGCAUCUGGGGCCGGAACCUCUUCAUGGGGUACCUCGGCGACAACGCGGGCACGGAGAGGAAGACGGACGGCGACGGCUGGCUGCACACGGGCGACCUGGGCUUCUUGGAUGUGGACGACUUCCUCUACAUCAGGGGCAAGGACACGGACCUCAUCACGCUGUGCUCCGGGAAGACGGUCAACCCGAGCCCCAUCGAGGAGCGCGUGAAGGCGUACAUCCCCAUCGUCCACUACGCCGUGGUGGUGGGCCAGGACGCGCCCUACCUGUGCGCCCUCCUCACGCUCAAGUGCCAGGUGAACUGGGAGACGGGGGAGCCCUGCACAGCACUGACCAGCGAGACCGUGGCGCUGUGCCGGGGCCUGGGGAGCCGGGCCACCAGGCUGGCGGACGUCAUCCACAACAACGACCCCGUCGUCGCCGAGUUCAUCAGCAAAGGCAUGGAGGCCGUGAACGCCGAGGCGCCGUCCGAGAGCGCCAGGGUUGUCAAGUGGGCCGUGCUGGACACAGACUUCUCAAUGGGCGGCGGGGAGCUCGGAGUCACAUCGAGACUGAAGAGGACGACUGUGACCAAGCUAUACCAAGCCGAAAUCGAGAACUUCUACAAGGACAGGGAGGGGCUUUAGUGGCCAGGAAAGGCCCCAGGCAGCUCCAACGCUCACACAACGCCCUUAGGAGGUCCAGAUUCCUCUUCUGCCUGUCUUCUGCCUCUGCCUGUGACAUUAAGGGAUGUGUUCCUAGAGGGAGGGUGGCCCUGUGAGGACCGAGCCCCUCUCCGGGCUCUGCCUUCAGGUUGGAAAGAACAAUAAAACUGGUUCACUGA